GCGGCAGGGAGCGGAACACUCGACUGGAUCUCGCUGGUGACUGUGCGCGUAACGAUGGGCCCGAUCUCCCCAGCAAGUGCGUGCACAACAAUGGGCUGGAUCUCACGAGAGAGUGUGCAUCUAACAGCAGGCUGCCGUUUUGUAUCUCGCCGGUUUAUCUGCUUGGCUCCUGUGCACAACCGUAAUUGCUUGCUUCCAUGCAGGCGCGCUCCCGUUUAUUUAUGGGCAACGGGGGCGCGCGCAGUCACAUCUCGGGACCGAGCGGUCUGGACUUCAGUAUCGAGCCUGCAGGGCCACUGGGAGUAUCCGCGCUGCCACCUCGUGCACACAUUUGGAUGUUUGUUUUUUUUUUUUUUUUCUUUUCAUUAAUUUUUGUGUGUGGAUUACACCGUUGCAACCGGGGAUGCUGAAGAAUUUGACGACUUUGCUUGUGCAUGCAAUCACUUUUUUAAAAAAUACAUUUUGGGAUCCAGAAAGAACCCAAAAACUUCAUCCGAAUUGAUUGAGGUUUGGUUCUAGUCUGGCUGGUUCUCUUCCUCCUGAGGUAUGGUUCUGGCCUCCGGCCGAGUGCAGGGAGCGACGUCAGGGCUCCUGCGGUGUACCCCGAUCGCCCCUUCCCGGAGCCUCCCCAGCAGACCUGAGAGGAGAUGAGACCCGAGCUCUACCAACUCCUCGCCGGCUGCCUCUGCCUCGUACGUGCCGCUGCCGAGUGCUCGACUCGCGAUGGAAAAAGGACCGACCUUCUCCUGCUCUCCUCCCGGCAGGAGUCGCCUCUUCCCCGGGAGCUUGUUCAGCGGCUCUCCCGCAGCGACAUCCGGAGCAUCGACGACCUCCAGCGGCUGCUCGAGAUAGACACCGUAGAAAACGAGGCGACGGCGGAGACCAAAUACGACGACGGCAAGGCCUUCUCUCACGCCCUCCCGGACCGCAGGCGAGCGCAAACAAACGCGCGUCACAGGAGGAGCACUCUGGUGGAGGAGGCGUCGCCCGCAGGCUGCAAGGUGCGCACCGCCGUCUAUGAGAUCCCUCGCAGUCAGGUGGACCCCACCGCCGCCAAUUUCAUCAUCUGGCCGCCCUGCGUGGAGGUGAAGCGCUGCACGGGCUGCUGCAACACCAGCAACAUGAGGUGCCAGGCGGCCCACAAGCACCACCGGACGAUCAGGGUGGCCAAGGUGCAGUACGUGCGGCGGCGGCCCAAACUGAGGCAGGUGCAGGUGCAACUGGAGGACCACCUGGAAUGCACGUGCGCCGACAGGCGGCAGCUCGGCCCGACCUCGGACGCAGACAAUGGCAUCCGGUGAAUUCAGUAGAUGGAAGAUGGAAAUGCAGCAGCAUCUGGGACAAAAGCAAGCGCAAGACGAGGCCACACCGCGUACUUUCGCGCCAUCUAUUUUACGGAACAUUCCGCGGAAGAAGUCGUGCAGCCGCAUUUCGGGACCUUUCGGCGGAUAUUUGACCCGCAAAGACGAGCGCCGUUGUUCCUCGAUAGAGAAAUCGGAGGAGAAGCGAGGCGGGAGUUCUCGCGUAAACCCUCUCAUCGCCGUCUUGGAUUAUAAACUGGGAUGAAUCCUCUCCACAGGCUGGGAUUAAGACUUUAAUACAUAUGCAUAUAUAUAUAUAUAAUUUUUUUUUUCCUGACAUUUAUCUCUCGUAUUGUGUACACUCUUGUUUGUAAAACUGUUAUGUUACCAUCACGAAGAAGGCAGUGGGGAGGAGGGGGGCAUCCUUUUGACAUGUAACCGUUACUAAUAAACUAUUUAUACCGGAACAUUUUUCGCUAAAGGGGGUAGAACAGAACAUAGUCUAUGUGUGAUUGCGUGUGUGCGUGUAUGUGCGUGAGGGAGAUUAUGUGCAGGAUCAUAAUGCGGAAAGGCUAAAAUCUCCACCCAGUUUUAAGUGAGAACAGCACGCAACGACAAGACCGCAGAAGAAGAUUCCGGAAGAGGGAGAUUCAG